UCGUGUAGUUUAUUCGCUCUUUGGUACAUAGAUGGGAUAUACAAACAUCCAUGAGUUUCUGAUUCCAAAGCAACAUUGAUAUUGGGUGUAUGUUGUGGUACCAUCUAUAGAUGAUUGUGUGCUGAUGAGAUUACCAGGCUUCCCCAUGGAUGGAACCGUGCAUAUGUGGCUGCUGGCAGGGUUCAUCCAGGUGGUCAGUCUCUUGUGUGUGCAGUGGUCAGAUCCUGCGGUCGUGGUUGUUGAGGUUGUGUUUGGCCACUUCCCCACCAGUCAGGAUCCAGACUGGUACACCGUCUCCUACCAGAAUGCACACAACCUCACGGUGUGGCUGGAUCCGAUUGGCCGCUCUGAGUGUUCUCCUGACUGCAGGCUGUUUCUGCAAUUGGCUAAGGAGCCAGGAGGAAGUGACAUCACGCUGAACGCUAUAAAAAACAAUACCACACUAAAGACUAAGACCUUUCAUAUCGCUCCUGUCCCCCUCUCCUCUCUCCGUGUCGAGGUGACCACCACCAGCACUGUCCUGACCUGCAGCCUACAGAACAGACAGAGCCUCACUGCUCUCAGUCUACACAACAUGCACAUCGAACACACACACACUGAAUACACACACACUGAACAGACACACUCUGACCACACACACACCUCUUCGUACGUAGUGAGAGGUCUGCAGCCUGGAGCAAACUACAGCAUCACAGCAGAGUUGACCACACCUCUCACACACCUCAACAUCAGCCUCACCCAGAGACUACACACCACCAUGGAGACAGCCCAGUGUCCUAUUGGUUGGCUGGCGAGUGAAAGGAGCUGCCACAGUGUGAGUAGGCGGAGCCUGUCGUGGGGCGAUGCCCAGCAAACCUGUAUAGGCAUGGCUUCAGGAGGACACCUGGUGGAUGUUAAAACAGAGAGAGAACUCCUCCUCCUCUCCUCUCACCUGACUACACACAACAACCUACUACUGCUCUGGACCGCUCUCAACGACAGACUGGAUGAGGGGCUGCCCCGCUGGUCUGAUGGCUCCUCCUACAACCUGACGAGUGUUAUGACAUCAUCAUCACUGCCAGCCAAUCAGACUGACUGUUUUGCUCUACAGAGGAACACUACUGGACGAGGCUACUUCCUGACUUCGUUCUUUUGCCACAUUCCUUUACCCUAUAUCUGUCACUGGGAAAGUAUGCAUUAA